AUGGGUCGCGGCAACAAGAAAUUCAGAGGCGGAGGCCGUGGCAGGGGAGGUGGUGGUGGGCGAGGCCGUGGCGGCGGCGGCGGCGGCGGACGAGGUGGCGAUCGCGACCGCGACGGCGGCGGCUACCGGUCGCACUCUGAAAUCAAGAAGGAGAACGAGAGGCUGGAGCGCUUCUACAACAGCGCGCUGCCGCUCGAGGAGAGCGAGCGGGCCGAGUUCUGGGCGGCGCUGCGGCGCGAGCUGCCCAACUCGUUCCGGUUCUGCGGCUCAAAGGGCCACGCGCUGGCCGUCAAGCGCCUGCUCGAGACGCGCUACAUCCCCGAGAUUGUCAAGAUUGAGCGCUACGACGGCGAGCCCGUCCAGGCGCCCCAGGCCGUGCCCUGGUUUCCCGACCUCCUCGCCUACUCGAUGAACACGCCCAAGCACGUCAUCCGCAAGUUCCCACCCUUUGCCGCCUUCCAGAAGUUCCUCGUCUCCGAGACCAGCGUCGGCAACAUCUCCCGGCAGGAGAUUGUCAGCAUGAUCCCGCCCUUGCUCAUGGACCUCAAGCCCGGCAUGACCUGCCUCGACCUGUGCGCCGCUCCCGGCAGCAAGGCUGCCCAGCUGCUCGAGAUGAUCCACGUCGGCGAGGAGACGCGGAUGCGCAAGGUCAUGGAGUCCUUUGGGGAGGUCAAGCCCGAGGCGACCUCUUCGAGCAACGACGACGUCGACCUGUCGAUCGACUCUGGCGACGAUGGCCGCGCCACCGGCCUGCUAAUUGCCAACGACGCCGACUACAAGCGCAGCCACAUGCUGGUGCACCAGCUCAAGCGCCUCUCAUCCCCGAACCUGCUCGUCACGAACCACGACGCCACGCUCUACCCGUCCCUGCGGCUCCCGCGCGACCCGGCCCACCCGGAGAAGGGCAACUACCUCAAGUUUGACCGCAUCCUCGCCGACGUGCCGUGCUCGGGCGACGGCACGCUGCGCAAGAAUGUCGAGCUGUGGCGCAACUGGCAGCCGGGCAGCGCGCUGGGCCUGCACACCACGCAGGUCCGCAUCCUCGUGCGCGCCCUGCAGAUGCUCAAGCCCGGCGGCCGCGUCGUCUACUCGACGUGCAGCAUGAACCCGAUCGAGAACGAGGCCGUCGUCGUCUCGGCCAUCGAGCGCUGCGGCGGGCCCGCAAAGGUCGAGAUUGUCGACUGCAGGGACCGCCUCCCCGCCCUCAAGCGCGUCCCCGGCAUGCACCAGUGGAAGAUCAUGGACAAGUCCGGCCGCGUGUGGAGCAGCUGGGAAGAGGUGCAGCAGUACGCGCUCACCCAGGCCGACGGCGUCAUCCCCGGCAAGGUCACCGAGACCAUGUUUGCGAGACCCGACUCGAGCGAGUGCUCGAGCCUGCCGCUCGACCGGUGCAUGCGUGUCUACGCCCACCAGCAGGACACGGGCGGCUUCUUCAUCACCGUGCUCGAGAAGAAGGGCGAGAUCAAGGCCAAGCCGGAGGCGCCCCCGCGUGGAGCUCAGACCUCGGCUGCGACCACCACCGCCAACGGGUCGAGCGAGGCCGCCAAGCCAGAGGCGGAGGAGGGCGAGGAUGCCCUUGCCGCCGACGAGGCCGAGGCCAAGAUGGAAGUUGUCAAGGAGACCGAGGAGCUCAAGGCGGCCGUGGGCGAGCCGACGGACGUCCUUCCCGCGGUCGGCGAGAAGCGCCCACUGGACGAGGAGGAGGACGCGGACCAGGAGCAAGCCCCCGAGGCCAAGAAGCAGAGGACCGUAGAGCCCGAGGACGGCGGCGACGACGUGCCCGAGUCCGGCGCCACCACCACGGCGGUCGACACCCCCAACAACAACAACGGCGGCGACGACGACAACAGCGCGGCCGCCACUCCCGCCGCCGGUGCAACCCCCAUCACCAACCCCAACCAGGCGCGCCGACGCGGCGCGGACGGCGCCUACGAGGAGCCCUUCAAGUACCUGCCGCUGGGCCACGAGAUCAUCAACAACAUCGAAGCGUUCUACAAGAUCUCGCCGCGGUUCCCGUCGGACCGGUACAUGGUGCGCAACGCGACGGGCGAGCCGGCCAAGGCCAUCUACUACACGUCGGCGCUGCUGCGGGACAUCCUGGUGGAGAACGAAGGGCGCGGGGUCAAGUUUGUGCACGGCGGCGUCAAGAUGUUUAUGAAGCAGGACGCGCCGUCGGCCGAGGUGUGCCGGUGGCGCAUCCAGUCCGAGGGCAUGCCCAUCAUCUCCGGGUACGUCGGGGCCGAGCGGGUGGUGACGCUGACGAGCAAGGAGACGUUCCGGACGCUGCUCAAGGAGAUGUUCCCCAAGUUCAUCAACGAGGACUGGCGCAAGCUCGGCGAGAUUGGCGAGCGCGCAAAGGAGAUUGGCAUGGGCUGCUGCAUCCUCAAGGUCGAGCCCGACGGCAGCGACCCGGAUUUCGCCGAGAAGAUGGUGCUCCCGCUCUGGAAGAGCUUCCACUCGCUCAACCUCAUGCUGCCCAAGGAGGACCGCUCCGCCAUGCUCCUCCGCAUCUUCAACGACACGAGCCCCGUCAUCAACCAGAGCCUGAAGGACUCUGCUGCUUCUGCGGCGGCCAAGAAGGACGGCGCUGCACAGGCACCUGCUGAGGAGGCCGACAGUGGUGCUGCUGCUGCGGCCAAGUAA